AUGUAUUACAACUACAACGUCCUCCGUUGCCACGCACCUGGGAAUUUUAUUUUCCUUCGACGCGACCUCCGGGAACUUUGGGAAACAAAUCGCUUAUUGAUGAUACCCCAUCCUGAUCAUUUGCAGGAGCUCGAGCAUUGCUCUGUCUACAAAUAUUGCAUCAUCGCAGAGGAAGAGCAUCCUCCAGACUCGUGCGCCACCAUGAAUAAUCUUAUCACGCCUUCUGUUAUGACGGCUCCUUGCUCAUAUCGGUCGCUCGGUUGGCACGAGCUGAAUGCGAAUAUCCUUCUGAUGACAUUUCGAGCUGGUCAGAAGUUGAGCAAGCGACCAUUGCACUACCACUAUAUCUUGCGGGACCUGCUGCCCCACAAGGAGAUCAAUCAUGCAUACACCAUUAUCCAAUGGCAUGGGACAUGGACUGCCCCCUUGACUUGCGAACUGGUACCUGACAGGCGGUUGUGGGAAACGGGCGAGCUUUCACCCUGUCCUAAGAAUUAUUACCGCCCCCCCAGAAUGCAGUAUUGCCCUCCCCUGUUGGAUGACGACACUGUCCGCUUUCGUUGCCCGUUCCGGCCAAUCCUCUCAGGGAUUAAGAGGAGACGUCUUGGCGACACCAGUGGGAGCGGCCAGGAUUACAUCGGAGACGCUGAACGGGAAGUCAGCAUUCGUCAGUGGUGUCUGGAAUGCGACCAAGCUCGAGAUCAGUGGACGAUGGGACCGCCUGCGGAGCCUGAGGAUGCAGAGAUGCUCGCUUAUCGACAAGAGGAAGCUGGCGAUGUGCAGCCCGUUGUGCAAAAGCUUUGGUUGGUGGAAAGCUAUUUCUCAAGGUACAUUCUCUGCCACAUUUGCAGGCAAACUUUUGAUUGA